UAACUAGGCUGACCGCGCCAAGGAAACGCGUCCAGAUUUCCACGAUCUCUCCAAGAGUUCGCUCCUCCCUCGCCGCCUUUGGCGCCAACAGGUUCUCCGGAGAGCGGCAGCAGCAGCAUGAGCAGCAGCGGCCACAGCAGCAGCAGCUCGCUUUUCCGAUAGAUUCAGGCGUGUUAGCAAGGCUUGUGCGGUCCUCACACUCCUCAGCAGCCCGCAGCUGAGCAGGAGGAAAAAGCACCGCCGGCAGCAUGUGAACGGAGUUGCCCGGGCACCCACCCCGAGCUAUGUACUCUGAGAACAUCAGCAGCGGCAGCAGCCUGGAGCCCACGGCGGGGAAACAGGUCCUGGAACGGCGACAGCAGCAGGCGGCGGGGGACUCGGGAACGCCGUUCAGCGCCAGCACCUACGAGCUGCUGGCCCUGCUUAUCGCCACCAUCGGCUUCGUGGGCCUGUGCAACAACCUGCUGGUCCUGGUGGUUUACACCAAGUUCAAGCGGCUCCGCACGCCCACCAAUCUCUUCCUGGUCAACAUCAGUCUCAGCGACCUGCUUGUGUCGCUCUUCGGCGUCAGCUUCACUUUCCUCUCCUGCCUCAGAAACCGUUGGGCCUGGGACGCCGCCGGCUGCACGUGGGACGGCUUCAGCAACAGCCUCUUCGGAAUUGUUUCGCUUAUGACUCUCACUGUCUUGGCCUAUGAACGGUACAUUAGAAUAGUGCAUGCGAGAGUGGUUGAUUUCUCGUGGUCUUGGAGGGCAAUCACAUAUAUCUGGCUUUAUUCCUUAGUCUGGACAGGAGCACCUCUUCUUGGCUGGAACCACUACACACUAGAACUACAUGGAUUAGGUUGUUCAGUGGACUGGAGUUCAAGAGAACCCAGUGAUACUUCCUUUGUCCUCUUUUUCUUUCUUGGUUGUCUGGUGGUACCACUUGGAAUCGUGAUCUACUGCUAUGGACACAUUCUUCACACAGUACGAAUGUUUCGGUGUGUGGAAGAUUUGCAAGCUGUCCAUGUUAUCAAAAACUUAAGAUAUGAGAAGAAAGUGGCUAAAAUGUGUUUUUUAAUGAUAACCACAUUUCUUAUUUGCUGGAUGCCUUAUGCUGUGGUUUCACUUUUAAUAGUCUAUGGUUAUGGUCACCUUAUAACUCCAACAGUGGCUAUUAUCCCAUCUUUCUUUGCCAAAUCAAACACUGCCUACAAUCCAGUUAUCUUUAUUUUCAUGAGUAGAAAGUUUCGACAAUGCCUUAUGCAGCUCAUCUGUGUUCGCCUCUUGAGGUUCCAGAGGAUCUUGAAAGAAAAACCCGCAGUAAGGAAUGAAAAGCCAGUGAGACCUAUUGUUGUGUCGCAGAACGCAAGGGACAGGCCCAAGAAGAAAGUGACUUUCAGCUCUUCCUCUGUCAUUUUCAUUAUCACCAGUGAUGAAACACAACAAAUGGAUGACAGUUCCAAUGACACAGGCACAAAAAUAAAUGUGAUCCAAGUGAAGCCCUUAUAACAGACAGCCCAGAAAUUGUUCUGAUUUAAGUGGACUUCUGCUAACAAAACUUUGGGUGGCACAAUUAGCAAGAUGGGCACUAUCUUUGCAAUAUGAAAUACAGAACUUUUCCCAGGUGCAUUCCUAUACUAAUUUGCCAAGGAGUGAGCCCUGCAAAGCUUAAUGCAGUAUUCUUCUGUGUAAUUGUACUGAACUGUACUAUCGGUGACUCAAAGCUCUGUUAUAACCACCUGAGAUUGUGACAUAUGCCUGAAAGAUGGAUUUUUAAACGUAUUUUUCUUUAUCAUCUCUCAAUUACCUUCAAUUCCCUGUCAGAAAUACACCAUUAUGACUUUUGUAGGCCAGUUUAUGAUUCAUGUAGAAGCAGAAACAGGCACAAAAGUAGAGGAAACCAAUUGCCAUAGAAAACUGCCUCAUGGUAUGCAUGCUUUCCAUUGUUAAAAACUCAUCUAUGAGCAUGAGAUAUGAGAUGUGAAGCACUUGAGGACCACUGUUUUCUUAACUACAGCUGUGCUUGAGAAAUGGUGAUGCUGAAUGUAUUCAAACUGUAGCACUGUAUUCCUAAGUGUCCACAGCCAUUUGUUAUAAAAAUAGAUGGUGCUAUAGAUACAUCAACCUUCUCCAACUGUGCCUAGCAGACAUGUCAGAUUAUAACUUUCAGCAAUCCUGAUCAGGAGAAAGAAUGGUCACUACUGCUGUGUGUCUGGGCAACCAGUUAAUUCAAUAAACCAUAUAGUGAUUUAACCAUGAUUUAACUUAGCUUUGGGAGCCCUGUCUGUGAGUAGACCCAGAAAGUCAGUAAUUAUCUGAGCUUAAGAGCCAAAUUAUACUCAGUGCUGAGCUCAGAAUAAUUACGCCUUUACUUCAUUGUUCCUAAUGGGGAGGAUAAGGAAAGGCUGUCCCUGCAAUUCUAGAAACCAUUAUUUUGAACCUCUAGGACCAUGGUCACUGAGGGGAUGUGUUUUGUUGGGACUCUGUAGAGAGAGAAGAGAGUAUCUGUAGCUCAGGGUUGAACUGUGGAGGCUUUGGUGCUCUCUGAACCUGGUUGUUUGCUUGCAGACCUUUCAUUACCCGACUAGGUAAGAUCAGUGCCAUCAUCAGAAUUUCCAGCCAUUAUGGAUCUUAGUGCUGUGCUGUGCUGUACUGAAACUCUACUCCCAGUGUAGCUGAGGGGCAUCUGGUUAGGAGAAGUUGAUUUAUUGAUUUGAUUUACAGUACUGCAACAGACUACUGUACUAUUCACAAUGACUUCUUAAACAAUUUUCCACAUGGCUUAAAAUAUGCGUAAUUUUUAUACAGUAUUGUACAGUACUGAAAAUCACAGUUAUACUGGUUUUGCUCUUUACA